GCCAAUAAGAGCCGGGCCCCUCCCCUCCCGGAGCCAGUCAGGCGGGCGGGCGGCGUGUGGCGGAAGCGGGGACUCGUCGGGAGCGCGGCACCAUGGCCGCCGGCCCCGCCGUGCUGCUGGCGCGGGCCGUGGAGGCGCUCGAUGUUGGCGGUGCGGUGGAUAAGAUUAGCUUAAUACCUCAGGACUUCUUUGCGGAACUGUGUGAGCAAAUAAUUCAACAUCUCAACCAUAAGAUCCCAGGUGUAAAUACAGUUGAACUGUGUCGGAGGCUGCAGACAUUUGGGAUUGAGAUCAGUGUGGGUGAGCUGGCAAAAAUAACUAGUGCUGUUUCCUUUCUGUUUAGCACAGCAGCCAGAAACAACCUCUCUACAGAGGAUCUCGUCACUACCUUGGGCAGUGCAGGCAGCACACUGCCUAAACAUGCAGUGCAAGUUAUUCGUCAUGUAUGGAAUGAGCAGAGCAAAUCUGUCAGUGUGUCAGAAGACGUAGGAAACAUGGCCACAGUGGGGCAGUUUGUAGAUAUUAAAUGGAAGCUUGGAGUUGCAAUGAGCUCUGACACCUGCAGGUCUCUGAAGUAUCCUUAUGUUACAGUGACACUAAAAGUGGCAGACCCUUCAGGACAAAUAACAGACAAAACUUUUGAAAUGACAAUCCCACAGUUCAAGAACUUCGUCAGACAGUUCAAGGAAAUGGCAGCUGUUCUUGAAACAGUUUGAACAGAACUCUUAUUUGCACUAAAGUUACUUGAUACAAGUCUGUCAGAAAGCUUUCUGUUCUGCAAAAGGAACAAGUGCCAUUGGUCAGCAAGGUAUGCAUCCUUGUCCUUUCGGCAGGUAUCAGCAGCAUCAUAUGUUUCUGUCAGCAUCAUCCUUGCAUUGCUCUGAAGAUGUCUUUGCUUCUGAAUACUUGAAGUCAACUCUACAACAUUUGUAAAACUGGUCAGUUUUCUUAAUCCUAAAAAAAAAAUCGGGAUGUGUACAGAGAAGUGUCUAUAGACUUUCUACUAUCCAAGAAUAAGAAAGUACAUUUAAGAAAGAAGACAUCUAGCUUUGGAGUGCAAAAAGACAUGCAAAUCUUAAUUUGACUAAGGAGAUACUGAAAGGAGUGUGAAUACCAUGAUAACAGUUUUGUCUGUAAAUUUAAGAUGUGCUUGGAAACAAUGAGAUCAUUAACCUAUAGAGUAUAUAAAAUUACAACAUAACAAGUGUACAUAUUCCUUAAAAGUAGCAAUGUCAUGUAGUUAGUUGCAGGUAUUUGCAGACCAGGCUUCCAGUCUUCUUUUAAUGGGAUCGUGUAUUUGUCUUAACAGCUUGGUUAUUUUUAAAUACUUCUCACCACCCAGACUUCUGAACACUGAGUUAAUGCAUUAAAACUUCUCUGGAGAUCUAAAUGUUAGUAUCUGAAAUCAAGUCUGUAGGCUAGGUUUAAAUAUAAAAAGGAAAGUUAACUAAAUUCAAAGCAUUUUAAUAUAUUUCUGCCUUUGUAUUUAAUCCAAUUCUAAUCUGUGGCACUCUAAUGUUUUGAUUAGCAGUUUGCCUUCUAAUUAAACUGGAAUAUUGAUGUAGUUGUCUCACUCUGUGCUCUGAACUAAAAAAGAUCGAGAGGAAACUUGAAAGCUCAGGCUGGUGUGUUAGCCAAGAAGAUCAGAAAAAUUAGUGUACUAAAAGUCAGCAAGAUUUCUGUGCUUGCUGUAUUGUGCAGCAGGAAUCUUCUGGACUGUGUUGCUCUCUUGCUCUUACGGUGUCCGAACCAGUCAAAUUUUGACUUGGAUUCUGAAGGAGAAUGGGGACAUUUUCAAAGGGAGGGGAGGGGGUAAAAUCCGGUGUGCUAGCAUGCUCACUCUUCCAUUUCAGUUUUUGAGUUUUACUAAAAACCAAAAGUACAAAUGGGGUGGAAUAAGAACACUACUGUUGCAUUUCAGGACCUGCUGGUGAUGUAGUAGAGCGGAAAGUCUGAAGAGAGGAAAUUAGUAAUAAGCAGCCUGAAACUUAUGUUUUAACUUAGGAUGGUAGAGACCAAGAACCAGUUCUGUUGGGGCAGAUCCUCAAGUGAUUUCAUGCCACCUUAAGUGAAAAUGCAUACCUUUUUGAUCCAUAUAAAAAUUUGUAUUAACUUUUUAGAAGCUGGCUGGAAGUCAUUAAUGCAAGUUUUGUCUGUCUUUGUCUCAUGAGAAAUAGACUGCAACGCAUUGUACUCAAAGCAUACUGCACUCCUUCAAAUAUAGAAGGGGUAUCUCUCUAACAGCAUUAUGCAUAGUACAUAAAAACAAUUCUUGGUAUUUCUUAGAACCCAAUUAAGUGAAACACUGUUAUCUUUAAUAUAAGAAUAAAAAGUCUUGGCCAUUGGUGUGGACAAUACUUCCUCUGUGCUGCUGUAGUCAGAGGUGUUUCCUUCAAGGCUGGAGAGAGCAGAAUGCUGUUUUCUGGGCCACUCUCAAUGGAUUGUCACAAAAGGUCUCAAGAAAAAAUUUCACAUUUGCCUUUUCCCUUGUCUGUCUGCAGGGGCUUGGGGCUGACUGUGGUGCAAAAAACCCUCUUUGUGGAAAAGUGAGCAGCUGAUGUUUUUACUACUUUUUUGAUGUGCAGAAGUUGGGGUGUAAAACACAACUGGAAAACACUGUCAUGCUUUGGUCUAGUGAAUUGUUUUUGAUCAUUGUAAGAAUUAAAAAAUACUUUUUUUGGUAAAGCUGGAGAGUUACAAAUACUUCAGUUUUUUCUGAUGCAGUUAAGUUCUUCAUAUAGCUGGAAAUGCUUGUGCCUUCCUUGUGCCUUCAUUGGAACUGGAUGGAAAAAAGAUUCAGUUAAUCAUGUCUUAAGUUCUAAGAACAGCAAAUUAGUAAACACUAGAUAGUAAUGAGGAAAUGUUUUGUUACCAUAUUUGUUUGGUCCAUUGCCAGGAGGAAAAAGCAGCCUCAGAAGUGUAACUGUUACAUUUUGUCAAGUCAAAUGUUCUAGAAAUAUUAAGGAAUUUUUUUUUGAAGUAUCACUGAACUCUAGCAGGUCGUAAUGCUGGCUGGAAGUUGCCUAGGUAUGUGUGCAGCACAACCCUCUGAGAAUUCUCAGAGGUGUUUAUGGACAUCUAGGAGAUGUGAUUAGAAGCUGGCUGCGUACACAAGCUGUAAGGGUUGUCCUAAUCACUAUCACGAGGAAGUCAUAUACUGUAUAAUGGAAGAACUACAUACUUUCUGGAAAAAAGUUUCAGGAUAGCAGUAUUAACAUGUUUAAACAAGCUGUUGAGUUGUUUGAUAUGUGCAGGAUACGGAUCUUUUCCAAGAGAAUUGGGAGUUCCUUGUGUGUUCUUAAUUGUACUUGUUGAUUGAUACAAAGUUGUAUGAUGUGAUACUUUUGUAAGUUUACAAUCAGUCAAUAAACAUACAGAUAACAAAAGA